AUGUGUCUACCUCGACAACAAGGAGGGUUAGGAGUGAUGGACCCUACAACACAACAAAGUGCUCUUCAAUUGAGAUGGUUACACGCGCUUAUGGUCGCCCCUUUCCAGGCCAACGGGUCUAUUGCACUCCCUUACUUAGCUCAGCUCAUAGCUGCACAAGCUCCACAAGACUUGACGCAAUUCGACUACAGAUUACUCAUCAUGUUUCCACAACUAAGACCUUCACCAAUGAACCGUACUGAUAACCCUCUAUCAUUAAUACUACACGCCAUAGAUAAGAUCCCAAAAGAAUUUAGUCAAGUGGUUAUCAAUGCCCAUACUUGCUUGCAACUACCACUGGAAGCGAUCUAUGUUCACACUGAUGAUAUUGUUUUAUCCCGGACGUCGAAAAGGUUAUUAGUAUCAUCAACCCACACAAUUGAUGAAGGAACACAAUGUAUACGACACAAACAGGGUUCAGAAAUACAAAUCCAUCCUACACUCAGUACAAGGUUUCUAAGACUCGUUCAAAACUGUAGAAUUAUGCUUCAACCGUUCUUUAUUCAAACAAUGAUCCAUCCAGGGCUGUCUGCUACGGGACAACAUCUAUUCGUACCUGUAACUCAUGAAAAUGUUGACAGUGAUCCUUUCCUCCUUGCGAUUAACCUGGGUUCAGCAAACCCCAAGAUGAAUACCUCUCCAGGACAAUACCGUUCCAAAGUUUCCUCCCCAGAGGCUACCAUUCGAGGAACACCCUCAAUGUGGAAAAAGUUUUGGUUGAUGCCUUUAACACACGCUACUCGCAACAUUUGGAUCCGCAUUAUACGUCGUAAAAUUCCAGCCAAAUCGACCUUACACAGACUAAUUCCGUCAUAUUUCCAAUCACCAGUAUGUCCAAUAUGUUGUACAAAAGAUGAAUCGAUCGAACACUUUCUCUAUAAAUGUCCGCUAAAAAUGGUGAGCGGGAUGAAUAGUUGGGAAAACUACUUUUCGACACCAUUUUCAAUUGAAGCAAUACACGAAGCUAUUUUCGAACUCCAAUUCCCUCAAAAUAAUCAAGCCUCACGCCAUAUAGAGCCCGCCAUCAUUAUUGCCUCGAUAAUAACAUCCAUAUGGCGUAUCCACUGGACAUUUGUGUUUAACACCGUUCCAUUCCUGUCAUAG